GCGGCUCGAAGAUGUCCGCUCCAUCUCCGACUAUCUGAAGCCGUUGAUAGAGUUCAUGUCGUCUCUUGCCGAUAAUGAGCGGGUGAUUCUCGUGGGUCACAGCUUCGGUGGCAUUAGCAUUUCCGUCGCCAUGGAGAGGUUCCCGACAAAAAUCUCUGCCGGCGUCUUCAUCUCCGCAUACAUGCCUCACCACGAGUCUCCACCUGCAGUUCUUAUACAAGAGGUGUAUCCGGGGGUGGCCUCCACUGUACCAAACGAAUUUAUUAUACACCCGAAAAAGGAAAGAUUGGAGGAAAAUGUGUUGAAAUAGAAACAAAAUAUGGAGAUUUGAUAUG